UGUUCCUCUCUCUCUCUCUCUUCUCUCGCUCUCUCUCUCUCUCUCGGUGAUGGCGGUCGCGCUGUCUUCUCUCCUCUCCCUUCGCCCCUCCUCUUCGCCUGCAGCUUCCACGGCCCGGACCGCCAUCUGCCCAGUUCACCUCCCAGCUAACCGGAACAGCUCCUCCUCUUCACUCUCUUCUCGCCGCCAUCACCAGUCGCUCUUCUCACGUUCAACCACCAUCUACAGAAGGCCGACGAUCGCCGCCGCCCACCGCCUCGCGGUGCCUCUCAUCUCCCCCGACGACCAAUGGGGCAACUGGACCGCCCUCUUCGCCGCCGGCGCCUUCGGCAUCUGGUCGGAGAAGACCAAGGUCGGGAGCGCGUUGAGCGGCGCGCUGGUGAGCACCUUGGUCGGGCUAGCGGCGAGCAGCGCCGGCAUCAUCGCCUCCGAUGCGUCCGCCUACCGGGUGGUGCUGGACUACUUGCUCCCGAUGGCCGUGCCUCUGCUGCUCUUCAACGCGGACCUCCGCCGUGUCCUCAGGUCCACCGGGACUCUGCUUCUUGCGUUCUUGGUCGGAUCUGUGGCCACAACAAUUGGCACCGUAGUAGCAUAUCUUCUGGUGCCCAUGCGAUCACUCGGACAGGAUAGUUGGAAGAUUGCAGCAGCCUUAAUGAGCAGACACAUUGGCGGAGCGGUCAAUUAUGUUGCUGUUUCGGAGGCUCUUGGUGUUUCCCCUUCAGUUCUAGCUGCAGGGCUAGCUGCAGACAAUGUUAUAUGUGCAGUAUAUUUUACCUCUCUGUUUGCGUUAGCCUCUAGAAUACCUCCAGAAGUUUCUACAACUGUAAAUGAUGCUCGGAUGGACUCCGAAACAAAGGCAGGAAAUAAGCUACCUGUGUUACAAAGUGCUACAUCCAUCUUUAUUUCCUUUGCAAUCUGCAAAGCAGCUACUUUUAUAACCAAAUAUUAUGGUAUUCAAGGUGGAAAUCUUCCAUGCAUAACAGCAAUCGUUGUGGCCUUGGCAACCAUAUUUCCAUCACAAUUUAGUGGCCUUGCUCCUGCAAGUGAAGCUAUGGCUUUGAUUUUGAUGCAGGUUUUCUUUGCUGUUGUUGGAGCAAAUGGUAGUAUUUGGAAUGUGAUUAACACAACACCUGGCAUCUUUGCAUUUGCUUCGGUCCAAAUAGCGGUGCAUCUUGCCAUAAUUCUUGGACUCGGAAGACUACUUGGGUUUGAGCAGAAGUUGCUUCUGAUAGCAUCAAAUGCCAACGUUGGGGGACCUACAACGGCUUGCGGAAUGGCAACCGCCAAAGGUUGGACCUCUUUGAUAGUCCCUGGGAUUCUCGCAGGCAUUUUUGGAAUUGCAAUCGCGACCUUUCUGGGCAUUGGAUUUGGGUUGUUUGUCCUUCAGAAGAUGUAGAACCCUUCGAGCAUGGACUUGCUAGAGGAGCUCACUGAGAAUAAUUUGUGGUGCACUCUCGGCUUCAUCUGUGUGUCUCCUAAUACUCUUUGGUUGUCACCUUCCAGCAUGGACUUUCUAGAGGAGCUCACUGAGAAUAAUUUGUGGUGCACUCUCGACUUCUCGCAGGGAUAUCAAUGCAUAGGAAUUAGACCUGCAAGCUAAAUGUUUGAUGCCAUUUCUUUGUGAACUGCUUAUUGUACACAAACUUGUUUGUGAACUGCAAGUCUUUCGGCAUCUGUAUGCCAUUCCUUUUGUGUUUCAUCCUCCAUGUUUCUUUUUUCAUCAUAUUAAGCUUGAUUGAUAGAAAGGCCAACCAGAGUUGGCAUCAAUCAUCACCACAGACAUAGCUAUUUGCCUUUGAGAUUUCCUAGAAAAGGUUGGUUCUAUAUGUGCUACAUUGUCAAUCUAAAUAAUACUUGAUAUGAUCAGUCAUUUUGGAAAACUUCAAGCACUGAUAUUAGUCCA